AUGGCGCAAAGGUACGAUGAACUGGGCCAUUACGGUGGCGGGAUGGAAGGAGUUGGAGUCCCAACGUCGAUGUACGGAGAUCCGCAUGCCCCGCGGCCCCUUCCUCAGGUUCACCACUUGAACCACGGGCCGCCUCCGCACGCCAACCAGCAUUACGGAGCGCACGCGCCACACAGCAUAAUGCCCGGCAGCAUGGGCUCCGCUGUCAACGACGCGUUAAAGAGAGAUAAAGACCAAAUUUAUGGACACCCGUUAUUUCCGUUGCUGGCUUUGGUGUUCGAGAAAUGCGAGCUGGCCACAUGCACACCGAGAGAGCCCGGUGUUGCCGGCGGAGACGUCUGCUCAUCGGAUUCCUUUAACGAAGACAUCGCUGUUUUCGCCAAACAGAUACGAGCGGAGAAACCUUUAUUUUCGUCAAAUCCAGAACUGGACAACUUGAUGAUUCAGGCGAUUCAAGUCCUUCGAUUUCAUCUUUUGGAGUUAGAGAAGGUUCACGAGCUCUGUGAUAACUUUUGUCACCGAUACAUCAGUUGUUUGAAGGGGAAAAUGCCAAUCGAUCUUGUGAUUGAUGAACGAGAUGGGUGCAAGUCUGAUUUCGACGAUCUCUCAGGAUCCUCCACUAAUCUCGCAGAUCAUAAUGCCGCAUCCUGGAGAGACCUUGACGAUGCCCACUCUACUCCGUCGGUGGGAACUCCAGGGCCGUCCAGUGGGGGUCACGCCUCUCAGAGUGGAGACAACAGUAGUGAACUUGGCGACGGUCUUGAAAACAGUUUGGCGUCGCCAGGAACGGGGGAUGAGGAUGACCAAGACAAGAAACGACAGAAGAAACGAGGGAUCUUUCCUAAAGUGGCAACGAACAUCAUGCGGGCCUGGCUCUUCCAGCAUCUCACGCACCCGUACCCAUCAGAGGAGCAGAAGAAACAGCUAGCUCAGGACACAGGUCUCACAAUCUUACAGGUCAAUAACUGGUUCAUCAAUGCCCGCAGGAGAAUAGUGCAGCCAAUGAUUGACCAGUCAAACAGAGCAGGUCUCUCUCUCUGUCCUCCAGUGAGUCAGGGCACAGCCUACAGUCCUGAUGGGCAGCCCAUGGGUGGGUUUGUGCUGGACGGACAACAACACAUGGGCAUUCGACCUGGUGGACCAAUGGGUGGGAUGGGAAUGAAUAUGGGUAUGGACGGACAAUGGCACUACAUGUAG